CUCAGGUUCUCUUUGCAACUCUUUUACUCCCUGCGCUGAGUUAGGUAUCCGAUUCCUUGGACUGAGAACGCAUGCUUCUUUUUGCAUGACAACGAUAACCACUAGUUAUGGGUUACAAUCACCAAGUUGAGAUGUCUGGUUUUAACAAGAGUCCUCAUGCUAUGAGCAUAGAGGAUCCUCCACCCCCAUCUUCCUGCCAAUAUCGAGGGAAGCCGCGACUUGAGCGGUAUCUAGGCUUUCUACCUAUGCUAGCUUUCGCCGCAACCUUACAGGCAUCCUGGGAAUCCCUGGGAUCUAGUCUAUACGCGGGGUUGUUGAAUGGCGGCCCAGUCGCAAUCGUCUACGGCAUGAUACUAUCUUUCGCUGGCUCUCUGAGUUUAACUCUGUCCAUGGCAGAGAUGGCCUCCAUAAAUCCCGUAGCUGGUGCUCAAUACCACUGGACGUAUGAGCUAGCACCUGUUGCCCCUCGAUUUCUGAGCUUUAUUAAAGGCUGGGUCACGGUCAUAGCAUGGUGGGCAAAUGUUGCCGUUGGGCCAUACUUAGUUGGGACUGAAAUCCAGGGACUUCUCGUACAGAACUAUUCCUCCUACGUCCCCCAAGGCUGGCAUGGGACUCUUCUCGUUUUUGCAGUCCUAUUCCUGCCGCUGCUGGUCAACAUUUUUGCCCGCCGUCUUCUUGCACCCGUCGAAGUACUAUCGGGUGUCAUCCAUCUACUAUCCUACCCGGCAAUCAUGGUUGUCAUGAUCGUGCUAGGGCAACGCCACACGAAUGAAUUCGUAUGGGCGGAAUUUGUCACUGACCAGAGCGGAUGGCACAACGACGGGGUUAUCUAUUCCAUUGGCUUGCUGACAGCAGCCUUCACUCUGAGCAGCUUUGACGGUGUUAUUCAUAUGUCAGAGGAGGUCAAUGAUGCUCCUAGAGCCGUUCCUCGGUCGAUGGUCUGGGGCCUGGUAUUGAAUGCCAUCCUCGCAUUUGGUUUUGCUAUUGCCUUGCUAUAUACAAUGGGAGACUUCCACAGUGCACUCGAUUCGGCGACCGGAUACCCCAUUAUUGAGAUAUUCUAUGCUCAGACAGGGUCAAAAGCAGCAGCCAGUGCAAUGAUGCUGCCAAUUCUUCUUUCGGGCUGCUAUUCAUCCUUCAACGUGCUGGCAUCCGUUAGUCGGCUGACAUGGGCUUUUGCGCGAGAUGAGGGUUUCCCAUUCUCAUCAUUCUUCGCAUAUGUAUCACCUCGAUACAAGAUCCCCCUCCGAUCUCUUUUCCUCGUCACGACAAUUACGGUACUGAUUGCAUUGAUCAAUAUUGGCUCUUCAGCUGCUUUCAACGCCGUCCUGUCACUGGAUACCCUCGCCCUAUACAUCUCCUACCUAGUCCCUGUCCUCUUCAUGCUGAUCAAGCGCAUCCGCGCCCCGGCUGAUAUCCGCUGGGGCCCAUUUACCUUGGGAAAACUGGGUAUUCCGAUCAAUGUUUUUGCCAUCCUGUACGGCACUUACAUUACCAUCUUCCUGCCUUGGCCUGAGACGCAACCGGUCACGGCCAGCAGCAUGAACUAUGGCGCCCCGGUGUUUGGCAUUGCUCUGUUAUUCGCGGUGAUUGACUGGUUUGUUCGAGGGCAUAAGAAGUGGAAUGGACCCACAGUCAUGCCGGAGCCGAAGUAGCGCUAGCGGCUUGGUUAGGGGAUGGAUAGAGUCUAGAUGGGGAUCGACUGUUGAGACGGACACCACUUGUUUCAGAUUUAGGUUCCUAUAAAAGCAUGUUUUGGUUUAUAUAGAUGCGACAUAUUCAGGGAUAGCAGAAUAGACAGAGAUCCGAUUUACGGUCUAAU